AUGCUGACCACAAUCUGCGCCCGGACAGCGGCAGAGGAGCGUCGUGUGGGCGGGACCUUUACGCAGGAGGAGAGAGCUUCCUUAAACGCACCCCGCUCUCCUCGGCACCGAAGAAGCUGCAGCGGAGGAGGAUGCUGGGCGAAAUGUGUCUUGCUGUGCUGCAAAACGGGCAGGAAUCAUAGCAUCCUCUGGCGAGAACAGCUCACAUGGCGCAUGGAGAAGGACGCGCUCAAAAGCAGGGAGGAUGCUGCAGCUCCGUGUAUAAGGAUGCAUCGGAGUGUGAGCUGCAGAAGUUAA